ACGCGGCGCGCGCGCUGGCCGAGCUGGACGAGGCGACGGACGCUCACUUCCGGCGCGUGGGCGCGCUGCCCUACGGCGUCGACUACCUGCGCCGCCUCGACCCCGACUUCCUCAUGCAGCUGGUGAGCCAAAACGCCUAGGGGAGGGGACACUUACUCAAGCCUCUACAAGAAAAUUACUUACGUAUCAGGAGUUUUUAUCCUCUCUUGACCUUGCCCUACACCAUUUUGGGAGAAGACCUCUUAGCGUGCAGGUGUGCUUGAAUAUUGAAAGCAAUGUUCGAGGUAUCGGAUCAAUCGAUUUCUGAAUAUCUGAGGAAUUUCUGCGAUGUAACAUCUAUACACGGUCUUAAAUAUGUUACUGAGGCUGGACGUCAUUGGUUAGAAAGGCUGCUGUGGAUGCUGUGCUGCUGCCUGAGCGUGGUGGGGGCCGGCACGCUCAUCUGGGAGGUGUGGUCCAGGUACCGCACGUCGCCCACCAUCACGGGCAUCGAGACCACGCACUACCCCAUCUGGAACGUGCCGUUCCCGGCGGUCACCGUCUGCAACGUCAACAAGGUCUUUCUGCCGGCGGCCGAGGAGCUCUACAGGACCAAGAACCUUAGUUCGGAGCUGAUGGAAGAAGAGUAUUACAGUUUCGUGAUGCAAAUGGCAGAAAUUGUGCAGCCGGAGUCACGCGGCUGCCUGUUCGACGACGAGAGCGGCGCCGGGCGCACGCUGGGUGCCAGCACCUACUCCUUCGGCAACUGCCUCGUGCGCUGCAAGCUGGCGCACCUGGCGCGCCUCUGCAACUGCACGCCCUUCUUCUACCCCGCCGACGGUCAAAGACAAUGCGGUCUCUUGGAUGUGACAUGUUUGGCUAAAAAUCGGAGGACGUUCAACAACUUGAGCCCGCAAUCGCGUGUGCCGGGCUUGGAGGCCUCAGAGGGCAUGUCGUGCGACUGCCAGCCCGCCUGCACCGACGUCGUUUACAACGCCGAGUUGACCCAAGGACUGUUCUUCAAGAGCGAGUACGACCGGACGCAUUUCUUUAGCGAAGUUGAAAUCAACAACCAUUCCAUAUUGCACGUGUUCUUCAAAGACCUUUCAUCGAUUCGCUUCCGGAGAGACGUGAUUUACAGCUGGAACGAUCUUGUUGUUGAAUCUUGCAGCACCUUUAUCUUGAUAUGUGUGGUGUCCCAUUCUAACGCCACAUCUGGUAUUAGAGAUGCAGAUAACAUCGAAAAGCGAUCAUAUGAAUUUCCUUAA